AUGAGGAUAUCCACCCUACCAAGGGCCAACAUGAGCUUCUCUACAUUCCUGCUAACAGGUUUCCCAGGCCUGGAAUGGGCUCACCACUGGCUCUCACUACCCAUUUUUGUAGGAUACUUGGUGGCCCUCAUAGGUAAUGCUACCAUCUUGCAUCUGGUACGAACUGAACCUUCUCUCCAGCAGCCCAUGUACUACUUCUUGGCCAUCCUGGCUGUGACAGACUUGGGCCUGUGCAUGUCCACGCUGCCCUCAGUGUUAGGUGUACUGUGGUUUGACGCCCGGAGGGUGGGCCUGGUGCCGUGUGUUCUGCAGCAGCAUUUCCUGCACUCCUUCUCCUUCAUGGAGUCAGCUGUGCUCUUUGCUAUGGCCCUGGACCACCUGGUGGCCAUCCGGUUCCCAUUGCAUUAUGCAUCUGUGCUCACAGGUCCUCGCGUGGCACUGGCCGGGGCUGUGCUGGGUAUGCGCAGUGCCGCCAUCACAGCUGCGCCCUCACUGCAUCUGUUGAAGUUUGACUAUUGUCGCCCAGGGUCUCUGUCUCAUGCCUACUGCCUUCACCAGGACAUGAUCCGCCUGGCCUGCUCCGACACACGCUUCAACAGACUCUAUGGGCUGUGCAUCAUCAUGCUGGCCAUGGGUUCAGAUGUCCUUUUCAUCCUGCUCUCCUACACUGUCAUCGUCCGCACUGUGCUGGCCAUUGCUUCUGCCAGGGAGAGGCUCAAAGCCCUCAAUACUUGUGUCUCGCACAUCCUGGCUGUGCUUUGCUUCUAUGUGCCUGUGCUAGGCCUUUCCAUCGUGCACAGAUUUGGACACCACACUUCGCCCUUAGUGCACAUCCUCAUGGGCACCGUCUCCGUGCUCUUCCCACCCCUGAUGAACCCUGUUAUCUAUAGCAUCAAGACCCAGCAGAUCCGCAGGGCCAUCCUCAAGGUGGUUUCACUGGGGAAGAUACAGUGA